AUGGAGUCCGCCACGGGAAGAAGCCGCAAGCGAACGCGGGCAGGAGACAGCGACGGACAAGGCGCGUCACGGCCACGUGUCUCAGCCAAUAGCAAGUGCGUCCGUCCGGAUGCUCUGGAGAGCCGCCGUCUGGCGCAAGCGCAGGACGAGGCGCAAUGCCACGUCGGAAUCAAGAGGACGGUGCUGUCGUGCGCUGUCUCUCCCGUGCCAUUGCCACGGUUUGCGGAUGAUACAGAGGCGGCCUGGACGCCGUCGCAGGCGCUUGGGGCGAGCGCAGACGUGGAAAGGGGGUACAAAAGGCCCGUUCCUGCUUGUGAGCGAGAUCUAAGUGCAGACGAGACAGCGGUUGCUGCGUUGGUGCUCCCAGGAGCUCAAGUAUCGACACCGGAGGGAGACGGGACAGUGGCUGUAGGGGUGUCGCCACUGCGACAUGUAAGGCAGAAGAGGCCGGUUGUGUUAGCGGACAGAUUGGAGCCAAUGGGAAAGAAGCAGCUACUGGAGGGUGCACUGCCAAAGCUUUCGCAACUGAUGGGGCCAUUGGAGCAUGAUAGUACUAUAGGGCUUGGACGUGAAGUUCCGACGGUUCGUCUGUGUGGACUAUCAACCGUCAUGUCGGCCAAUGUCUCUUUCAUAAAGCAACCGGUCGAAGACAAGCCGUUGUCAUUACCUCAGCUAUACAGCGUCAAGUCAACAAAGGAGAUCCAAACACCAUUAAUUGAAAUGGAUUUGGUGUUACCCAGUGGUUCUAGUCCCGCACAGCAGUAUUGUCAUGCUGAUGAUGUAUCCAGCGACGAAGAACUCGUUGGAAUCCCUGACCCGGACAUUCGUGACCUCGAAGUGUCUUUUUCCCAAGAAAAGCUUGAAGAGCUUUCGGUUACGGAAAAAGAUCUGGCGGAGUCGAUUGUAUUGACUCUAUGCGAUGGACUUGCCAACAGCCUUAGCGAAGCUGAGCGUGAUCGAAUGAGUUUGCUGAAUCUGCUUACAGUAGAGCUAAUUCAGCAGUCAAGUCCUAUUGUUCUCGGCCGAAGUGAAUUUCAGCAAGUUUUCGGGGAUAGCGUUCGUGGUGGAGUGCUUUCUCGUUUGAGUCGACGGCAUUGCAUGAUUCACAUUGAUCAGGUGUCGUCACAAGAUGGUCCAGCCGAAAUGGGAGUCAAGGUGCGCAUUACAGACACGAGCACUAAUGGAAUACGGGUCAAUGGUAAACAGCUGAAAAAUGGUCAAACGCAUGAGUUAGAGCUUGGCGAUGUCGUCACAUUGUUAAGGAUUCACCGGGAUGAGGACGAUCUAUCACUCGAGUACAAGCUAGUUCGAUUACAGUUGUUGCCCAAGCAUAUGGCAAGGAUAAGCAACAAAAGCAGACAUGACGGUCGAUAUGUCAGACCGAGCGAUAGCUUUGUCAGUGAGCUAGCGGACUUGAGCAACCGGCAUGGUUUGUCACCGAUACCAGAGUCCGUCAUUGUGUCUCCUUGCUCCUCGCCAGCUCGAGGCAUCGUACCGAAAAAACGCCAUGACACAUUUACUGGCCCAUUCACUCCUGAUGGGGUCCAGUCAUUGAUGACGCAAAGGAUGGUGACAAGCGAGCCAAAACUUUUGUAA